UUUCUCUUGUCAACGCGAGGGAGCAGAUAGCUUUGGAACAAUGUCUGAGUUCAAAUUUUUUAACGACCGUGACAGCGCUUCAGAAUCAUUGAUAACUGCUGAAGAAGUGGGUCUGUACUUGCCCCUGGUUCUCUGUAUUGGGACAGUAUUGAGCGUGGGAUUCGGACCCCCGGUGGAGGCUAACAGUGUUCUUCUUGAAGUUUUAUUCGAACACACUGUGUCUGCUGCGGCUCUGUUCUCUUGUCUGAACCUAUUGCAAGUUUUUCACCCCGUCACCAGCCACGAGGACGAUGGUUCGAAUCCUACAAGCAGCGCUUCUGGUUCAGUGGAGCCGGACCUGCUUCAGUUCAUCGAUUCGUCAUCCCAGACCGAGGACAGGAACUUUAAAGUGGAGACACUGACCAUGAAACAGAAAUACGACAGGGAAGUCAGGAAGCUGGAGAAAGAGUCCAGGGCCAUUAGACGGAAAUAUGGCAAACAAAUCAAAGACCUGCGACAGAAAAUCAACUCGACCGACAGAGAACUGAGCAGUCUGCAGUUGCAGGUGCCCGCCCUCGAAAACGAGAGAUCCGCCCUUCUGUCCGAAAUGGAUGCGGUGGAUAAACAGCUGGAAGAGGAGCAGUCACGGUUCGAUACCCUCAUGUCAAAGUUCAAGACCUUUCACGCUCAGCUGAUAGAGAGCGGCAUCGCUUCCCUGAUGACGGUGAAUUUUUCCGGCGUGGAAAGUCGACAAGAUGAGGAUAUCCCGGAUGUAGUACUGAAUGAUUAUUCUGCUUUAUCUUCUAUUCAAAUCAAUGCUGCUGAGUCCUGAGACAUUGUCUACUUGCCUAUUCAUUAUCGACGGGCAAUAAUUUAUAAUUAUAUGAAAGUGAAUGAAGCAUUUUAACGAUGGCGUCAGUGUGUAUAUAAAUUUAUUCCUGCGUCAUUUAGCCGUUAACGUCAUUUACACUGUGUAGUACUCACUGAAUUUUACCCUGCUAAUAUAUUUUUUUUUAAUUACAAAUAUAUAGAUGUGUGUCAUUUUAAUCCUUUAGUUGAUAAAUAUUUUGAAAUUGUAUUUAUAUGUAAGACAUCAUCUUUAUUGAUUCAAUUGUACAAGCUAAUUGUUUAAAUGUACAAGAACCAAAGUCGAAGACUCGUGAAUACGAAUUCGUAUGACAAACUUUUUUUCCACUCUUUAUCAGGACAUUACUCUAAUUAAAAUUCGAUCUUUGAUCGGCUCCAACUAUAUCUAAUUAAAGUAAAAUCUUUAAUUGAUCCGCUCCAUCUGUGCAUUCAGAGUUCACCAGACUGUUAUACC